UCAGAAUUAUUUAUAAUAGUGAAUUGGUUUUCAGCUUAGUAAUUAGUCAAAGAUUCUGUAGGGAUCUGCUCAAUUGAGGCUUUUAAUUAGUUGCAUAGUCGUUAAUUUGUUGGAAUUAGACUGUAGAUUAACUCUGAAGGAAACAUUGGAGCUGAAUUAUAUGGAACUACUGUUUUUUAUUGCUAAACAACCAAGUUGUUACUAGGUUGAGACUUGAGAAUGCUGUAAUUACUAAUUAGAGGUAGGCACAACUAGGAUGGUUCAUUCAUGUAGAUGAUUUUGAAGUAGAACUUUGUUUUCAUUUCCUAUUCAAAUUUCUUUUUAAGGGAAGCUGAAAUCCUUUUGGUUUUUGCAUAAGUUCAUUUUGCAGACAUUAUUAAUUGUUCUGUGAAAUGCAGGUAGAAGUUGAGGAGUUACGGAAAGAAAUUACUGAUAUGCAAAAUCUUUUGGAAGAGCUAAAUAAUGCCCAUGGUGGUAAAGUUGGGGAAAUUGCCUUAAGGAGGAAAACUACCAAGUCUAGUAAAGAGAUCGUAGAUGGUCCAGUUGACAUCGAGAGAAGAGAAAAAGUAAAAGAAGCUAUGCUCCAUGCUUGGGGAACUUAUGAGAAGUAUCCAUGGGGCCAAGAUGAACUUCAGCCUCAAUCAAAGAGUGGUGUCAACAGUUUUGGAGGUCUUGGGCAACUUUAAUAGAUUCACUUGAUACACUAUACAUCAUGAGUGUUGAUCAACAGUUUCAAAAAGCCCGAGAAUGGGUGUAGCUUUUUACUCUGUACAUUGAGCAUGUUAUAGUUACCAUUGCAAUUCUUUUUUGCCUUUCUUCAAUCACAUCUCUAUAUUUGUUUGGAAUUAAGCUGUAGGCCCCGUCGAAAUUUUUAAAAAAAAAUUGUUCUUUUUAACUCUAUUCCUGAAAGCUUCCUGAAUUUAUAUGUGGAAUUUUCUUAGAUUUGUUUCAAUUGUUUGCGAUGCUACUCUGUUUGAUUUUUAAUUUUUAUGGUUUUGGUUAUGCUUUA